GUAUAAAGACGGCGUGCGUCCUCUAUCUCUCGAUCCCCGGCUCCUUCACUCUCUUUGCUCGCCAGAACGCCCCAAAUGAAUAUGCUUGACCCACUCAAGGGCGCAGAGUCCGGUUCUGCGUUCGCGCACUACGAGGCACGUAUUCGGACUCUCACACACCUCCUGGACAGACAACCAUGCCUUAUCCCCAUCUCUAAUCUUGACCCCGAAAACCCCGAUGAGAAUGAGGAGCUGCGAUUCUACUACUACGUAGCAACACUCUUGACUACAGGGUCUCUGGACCAGAACUGUGCAGUCACUGCGAUCCUGCUUCCAGGCCUAGUCAGGUGCAUCAUCGUGCAUACCGGGGAGGCAAAGCAGGAGCAUACUCGGACGCCAGUCGCUCAAGCACCGACGCAGGCGCAUCGUGUACAAGAGCGGCGCAUCGAUCUUCGAACCUUGGGUUCUUCACCGUGAGUACGACAGCGGU